AUGACGACCACGACUGAGACGUACAGGCCUCCUCCGCUGCCUUCUCUCUUCGCGACAACUACCCCACCACCAACGCUGCUCACGCAGGGCGCCGAAGCACAUCUCUACAAAACCGUCUUCCUGGACGCAUCGACGCCAGCGGCACUCAAGAUCCGCCCGUCAAAGCCGUACCGGCAUCCUAUUCUCGAUCGACGACUCACACGGCAGCGCGUUCUCCACGAAGCACGCUGUCUAGUCAAACUCAUCAGGGAAGGUGUCAAUGUCCCGGCGGUGCUGGCAAUGGACUGGGAGGGACAAAACGGCGAGAGCGGACAGGGGGGGUCAUGGAUCCUCAUGGAAUGGAUCGACGGAGCGCCUGUACGCGUUGCGCUCGAGCGAUGGGAAGCCUGGCUAGCUAAGAACAAGGGUCUGGCGGAGCAGAACACGCCGCAGUAUCAGGAGGGGACGACGCGCGUGCGCGACCUCCUGAGAAGAGUCGGACAGACUGUCGGCGCGUUGCAUAAGGCGGGCGUCAUCCAUGGUGAUCUGACGACGAGCAAUCUGAUGCUUCGGCCAUGGAAAGCGGAUGCGGAGGUAGCGCUAGAAGCUGGGGAGUGUCCCUCCGUGGACGGAGAUAUCGUUCUCAUUGAUUUCGGGCUGGCCGGCCAGAGCGCGUCAGAUGAGGACCGAGCCGUCGACCUGUAUGUCCUGGAGAGGGCGUUCGGAAGCACACAUCCUCGCACCGAGCCGCUUUUCCCGGAAGUAUUACAGGGCUACCGGGAGAGCUACAAGGGAGCCGCGGGUGCUUUGAAAAAGCUUGAAGAGGUGAGGAUGAGAGGUCGCAAGAGAAGCAUGCUUGGAUGA